AUGGCCUCUGAUAAGCCCUCCCACCGGUUCGACCCCAACUUCACCAAACAGGUGAUUGAGGGUAUGGGCCCCAACACCAGCCCUCGCGCCCGCGUGGUGCUUGGUGCCCUGAUCCGCCACAUCCACGACUUUGCUCGUGAGGUUGAGCUUACCAUCGACGAGUGGAUGGAGGGCGUCAAGUUCAUCAACUCCCUGGGCGAAAUCUACGUCAACAGCAACAAGACCCGCAACGAGACGCACCGCAUCUGCGAUAUUCUCGGUCUCGAGUCACUCGUUGAUGAGAUCGCCCACAAGAUCGUCUCGGACACCGGCUUGGACCCCACCUCGUCCUCGAUCCUGGGCCCAUUCUGGUCGCCUAACGCCCCUUUCCGUGAGCUAGGCGGCGUCAUCUUUCAGGACGGCGUGCCGCCCGGUGGCCGUGUGGUCAAGAUGCACGGCGUGAUCCGCGACAUCGUGACGGGCAAGCCCAUCCCCAAUGCCGUCUUCGACAUCUGGCAGGCCUCGGCCAACGGCAAGUACGACUUCCAGGACCCGGAGAACCAGACGCCCAACAACCUGCGUGGCAAGUUCCGUGCCAAUGACGAGGGCAAGUACUGGUUCUACUGCCUCCACCCGACCGCCUACUCGCUCCCGCGCGACGGGCCUUCGUGGCAGCUGCUCACCUUGAUGGACCGCCACCCCAUGCGCCCCGCUCAUAUCCACAUCAUGGUCACCCACCCAGAGUACCAGGGAUGCACCACCCAGCUCUACCCCAGCGACGACCCGUGGGUCAAGAGCGACACCGUCUUCGCGGUCAAGGAUGACCUCGUCGUCACGUUCAAGCCCCUUGAAGGUGACGAGAAGGCGACGCUCGAGCUCGAAUACAACGUCAACUUGGCCCCCAAGGGCUACAAGGGCCGCCUCUAG